CUCGAUGCCCGUUGUCGUGCCAGAUGACUCGGUGCCCGCUGUCGUGCCAGAUGACUCGGUGCCCGCUGUCGUACCAGAUGCCUCGGUGCCCGCUGUCGUGCCAGAUGCCUCGGUGCCCGCUGUCGUGCCUGUUGCCUCGGUGCCCGCUGUCGUGCCUGAUGCCUCAGUGCCCGCCGUCGUGCCUGAUGACUCGGUGCCCGUUGUCAAGCUUGAUGACUCAGUGCCCGCUGUCGAGCUUGGUGAACCGGUGCCCGCUGUUGUGCCAAAUGACUCGGUUCCCGCUGUCGAGCUUGGUGAACUGGUGCCCGCUGUCGUGCCUGAUGCCUCGGUGCCCGCUGUCGUGCCUGAUGGCUCGGUGCCCGCUGUCGAGCCUGAUGCCUCAGUGCCCGCUGUCGUGCCAGAUGACUCGGUGCCCGCUGUCGAGCUUGGUGAACCGGUGCCCGCUGUCAUG